AUGACUUCCUCAAAGUCAUAUCCUAGUAUUUCUCUUGACCUUAUCUGGUUACUACAUAAUAAAUCUGGAUAUAAUUCGGACGUGUUCAGACGGAGGAGCCGCUACUUUCGUCACAGGCUUCGCGCAAUCGAGAUUAGCGCAGGCAAGUUCCUAUCCGCGCCAUGCAGCCCUACGACGCCAACAACCAACGGGGCAGACGCCAUCUCUCCUAAGACAUGUCGCGCUCAGCUUCAGCAUUGGCAUGAUGACUUACACCCAGCCAUCCACCGCAGCGCUCAAUCUUCUCCACCUGCUGAGCCUACAUCCAUAGCGGCCGGUCAGGUCAACUUCGGCCUACUCGCGAGCUCAAGUGCGGGUAUCACCCACACGUCUAUAUCCACCUUAACCGCCGACGAGGACAACUCCUUCAAGCAAACAAAUGACAGGACCUUCGAGAAGGCACGAGAUGCGUCGGGAGCUCCCACGGGUGUCCAACUGUCGUAUGCUGGAACAGACUCAAGCGUCUAUGGGAGUCACAUUCAAUUCACCGCACUUGCAUCGUGCCAUGCUCCAGACAUUGCUCCAGAGCCGAUAUCAGAAAUCUGCGGUCUGGGAGAACGCGAUCUUAUCCAGCACCAAGAGCGAGAGCAAAGUGGAGCACAAGAUCAGGAACAGGAGGAACAGCCAGAGCAACACAACGACACCACCCAUGAUGACCGCUGGACUAGGAAGAGGCUGAGAUCGCGGACGGGAAAUGCAGUCGAGCUUUCACACAAGCAGAAAGCCAAUCGUCAAUUAGAGAGCACCUCAUUGUCGCCGGGGAGACUCAAGAUGCGACAAGGCGUCCAAGCUAAGACUUCCACCAACGUUGUACAAUUCCCCAUUACGGAGCUCCUCAAUGGGAUAGCGCAGGAAACUUCACAAACAGACAGGAGACAAGAGAUGCAGCGUCUAUUGGCAGGAUUUCAACGAGGCGUGAGUCUAUUCUCGAAUCGUACCAAGGCAGAGUCCCUCGCCAUUGGAACUAAAGCUGAUGUGGUGCAACUGUUUAAUGACGUCUCUCGCGUGGUACAGGAAAUCGAAGACAGCGAUAUAUCGGAGCAGGUACAGCGUGUGCGUAAUCGCUUGGCUUUGGCUCGGUUUUAUCAUACUUAUCGCACGGCUCAAGCCAAUCCUCAGAGAUUCUUUGAUUUUGUUAAAGGCAGAGAUUUUCCGACAACCGAGACUUUGGAAGGGGGAACCUGCACAAAGCGGACUUUGGUCAAGGAAAGGAUGAUUGACUUGAUCUUUAAUUCACCUCAAGACGGGAGGAAACGCAAGAAGGACGCGAUCAGGAUCAAUAAUUGGCAAAAUUUGGGCCGGCCUUGGCAUGAGCUUAUCACACGAUUUGGGGCAGGCAUACUGUUUCUCGUCAGGAAAGAUGCGACUAACGACAGGCACGUGACUAGCACUUUUUUUAUUCCUUGUUGGUGUUUUGCAGUGACUGAUUCACAAGCUAGAAUCCGACGUUUGGACGAUCGCAAAUUGUCGCAACUUAUGGAACUUAUUGAUGGAGACCUGAAUUCCAGCGAAUGA